AAGCGGGAUUUAAACGAAAGGCGGUGACGCCACACAAAAGAUUCCUAUAGGCUCCGGGGAGGUUACGGCCGAGGUGGCGGCGGCGAGCCGGGGGCGAGGCGGACGCCAGGAGGCGAAAACUGCAACCGUGCGCGGGCAGGCGGGUGUCCCCUGGCCUGCGGUCUCCUCCCUUCCUUUCAGUUGCUCGGAGGUCGCUCGGAAGUUGCUGGUUGACAAACAUGGCAGGAGUCCGGGCCCGGGUCGGCCUCCGCGACGCCGCGCUCACCUUCUGAGCCGACCACCCUGGGGCGUCGGAUGCGCGGGGCCCGCGGGCUCUGCGGGGAAACACAGAUGGAAUCUCCACGACAGCCGGUCGCCGGCCGCAGGCCAUUCAGGAGGGGAGGGCGUGCCGCCGCGGCGCCGGGCCGCGCACUCUGAACCGCCAGGCGGGAAGGCGCGGCCGCCCAGCACCCUGCGUUGCAGCCUCCCGCCCGACUGACUCCGCGCGGCCGCCACAGAGCCAGCCACGCCCUCGGCCCAGUGGCCGCCCAGCGCCCUAAGAGCCGGAGCAGGAGAUGCGGCCGCGCGCCCCCGGGCGUCAGCUCCGGCCGCCGUCGCCAGCCUGUACCGUCUGGCGGGGUCGCCGCCCCUGAAGCCCACGUGCGCUGCUGAGCCGGAUAGCCGCAGCGCAGCGGCUGACAGCAAAGCCUGCCGGGGCCGCCGCCCGCGCUCCUCUAGGAGCAGAGGAUUUUGAUUUCAAAGGAAGGAAGGAAGGAAGGACAACUCCCAGCCUCCCCGUCCCGCCCUCUCCGCUCCGGCGGCCCGGCCGGCCAUGCCCAGGAAGGUGGCGACAGCCCGGCAGCGGGGACUUUUCUGGUAGGCUAGUGAAGAGGGGCGCGGACUAGGAGUCUGCCGUGCCCCGGCUCACGGUUCCCGCGAGCUACACAGCGCCCCGAAGAGCUUGCCGCGGGCUUGGGCCCGCCCUGCGACGCCCGGCCACCGGCCGCCGCCACCCGGAUCUCUGUGCCCGCCGCGGUGGGUGGCAUGAUGGUGCGCGGAAGGCAGCGCGGCCCUGGCCAGCUGAGUCGCGGCGGCGGUGGUAGCGGGCUCCCCAGCGGCAUGCCAGUGCCCCCUGGGCGCGAUGGCUAGCGGCAGCGCCGGGAAGCCCACUGGCGAGGCGGCUUCUCCGGCUCCUGGGAGCGCCGUCGGCGGGGCCAGCUCGCAGCCGCGGAAGAGGCUGGUAUCUAUCUGUGAUCACUGCAAGGGCAAGAUGCAGCUGGUGGCCGACCUGCUGCUGCUGUCUAGCGAGGCGCGGCCGGUGCUCUUCGAAGGCCCCGCCUCCCCUGGCGCUGGUGCGGAGUCCUUCGAGCAGUGCCGGGACACCAUCAUCGCGCGCACUAAGGGGCUGUCCAUCCUCACCCACGACGUGCAGAGCCAGCUCAACAUGGGCCGCUUCGGAGAGGCGGGAGACAGUCUUGUGGAACUGGGCGACUUGGUGGUGUCGCUGACCGAGUGUUCUGCACAUGCGGCCUACCUGGCAGCCGUGGCCACACCGGGCGCUCAACCUGCACAGCCAGGCCUUGUGGACCGCUACCGUGUGACACGCUGCCGCCACGAGGUAGAACAAGGCUGUGCUGUGCUGCGAGCCACCCCACUGGCGGACAUGACCCCACAGCUGUUGCUGGAGGUGUCGCAGGGCCUGUCUCGAAACCUCAAGUUCCUGACGGAUGCGUGCGCCCUGGCCAGUGACAAGUCACGGGACCGCUUCUCUCGCGAACAGUUCAAGCUGGGCGUCAAGUGCAUGAGCACAAGUGCAUCCGCGCUGUUAGCAUGCGUACGCGAAGUGAAGGCGGCACCCAGCGAGCUGGCCCGCAGUCGUUGCGCGCUCUUCAGUGGGCCCUUGGUGCAGGCGGUGAGCGCUUUGGUGGGCUUUGCCACCGAGCCUCAAUUCCUGGGUCGCGCAGCUGCCGUGAGCACUGAGGGCAAGGCGGUGCAGACCGCCAUCCUGGGAGGUGCCAUGAGUGUGGUGUCGGCCUGCGUGCUCUUGACCCAGUGCCUCAGGGAUCUGGCGCAGCACCCAGAUGGGAGCGCCAAGAUGUCGGACCACAGGGAGAGGCUGAGGAACUCGGCCUGCGCCGUGUCUGAAGGCUGCACCCUGCUAUCUCAGGCUUUAAGGGAAAGGUCUUCACCCAGGACUUUACCGCCAGUGAAUUCCAAUUCUGUGAAUUAGCACUCCCCACGCUCCACCCCCACCCCAGCCCCUAUACCUGUUUUCCACCCCAGGCUAAAGGAAGACACUUAACCCCUCCCCUCUCCAUUUAUACCAAAGAAUCCAUAGGUGAUCCCCUCCCUCAUGUUAAAUGCUCAAGAGGAAUUUUCCAGAAGGCAGGGCCAUGCAAUCAUCAAGUACUCAGAGGGCCUGGGUGUCCACCAGCCCACUAUAGGGACUCAGACACAGAGAAGAUGGGUAGUCUGCUGGCUGCAGGGUUAACCCUACACACUCGAGCCCCUCAACUCAGUUAUCAAUUGGGCAGGAAAGAGGUCAUGGGCUCAUUUCUUCCUUCUUUUUAAUUAAUGAAAGGUUACCUCAGUUUUCCCUCCUUUAGACAUGGAUGUAGCUACCUUUUUGUAUGUCGUUAUUUUUGUUGAAUUAGAGUAUACAUGGUGUGAAAAAGAGUAUGACUUUGCCAUAUGAUUUGCAAGUGGGGGGGAAAGCUACUGUGAGCGUGUGUUUUAUUUUUUAAAUUACACUAUAGAGUGAUUUCCCCCCCCCCCCAAUGUCAAGUUUUUACCCUGCAUGUACUGGAGUAUUUAUUUCAUCUAUUAAAUUGUUAUGUUUCUCAGAUGGCUUUUCGCAGUUACUGUCUUUUCACUAACUGUGCAUGCCGCCUGCCAUCUGUGGGAAGGAGCUGUGGGGGGAAAAAGGUUUACAUCCAUUGGCAAGUGAAUCCCCAGUGCCUAACCAUUUCCACUCUAAAAUUCCAUUUUCCCUCUGGUAUUAUUCCUCUGAGCAUCCUUGCACCCUAGAAAGACAAAUGUAUGUGAUCUAUUUUUAAAGGCAAUCGAAUGUGAUUGGACUAUGCAGUGCGUGGGGGAGGACUGUUAGUGGGGAGGACUGUUAGUGGGGAGGACUGUUAGUGGGGAGGACUGUUAGUGGGGAUUUUGUCUUCUUCCCUCUAGUUUUUCUGGAAAGUAACCUAGCUCUCUUUGUCCUCCACUCAUUUCUCUAUUAUAAUGAGCCAUAGGUUCAGGCUUACUGAAAUCUGAUUUGUAUUCGGCCUGUCAUUUUCAGAUUAAAGUACUUCCUAAUACUGUGUGGGGUGCUGCCUUGCCAGCUCACAGAAUUUUGCAUGGGACUUAACAGCACUGUAUCAACUGAUCCUUUAGCAUCUUCAGUGAGGCUAGGCCUAACCCAGAAAUCUCUAUGACUUUAUAGAAGGUUCUAGGCAGUUUGAUAAAAGAGUCUAUCCUCUGGACUUAGAACUUUCUAGAGCAUGCUUGUCAGUGGAGGGCUUGUUUUUAUGACCUUGAUUCAAGUGGCUGGUUGGGUAUUGAAAGAGUAUUUUGUUGAUUGAAAUCAUGUCGAGGUAGUUUGGCUUUUCUGUAGAUAAAUAAAUUUGGGAUGGACUUUUUAAGGGGGAGUUUAUGGCUUGUUGAAGACACUGUUGAAUAGUUUCUUACUAAAUAGAGUGACAAACUUAUCUAUAGCCUUGAAACCUGGAUGAGCCACAUGCGCAAAAAACUCCUGUAGGCUUUCAGUGUAUCAUUUACUUUUUCAGGGGGUUUUAUUGUGCUUAAACCUUUCCAGUGCCCACAGAUCUGAAAAGUUGUCACCAUAAAAUGUUAGCAGCAAAAUGAAAUUUAACUU